CGCCUCUCUCGGCAAGUCCAACAGGUGAAUGCAUGGCAGCAUGGAAGCGGAUGAUCUUGGCGGCAGCAUUCUUUCUGAUACCUCAGCGGCUCUCGCGCACAGAUUCUUGCUGAUACGGGGUCUAUCAGAUCUGACUGAGCUCACAGCCUCUCAGGUUGCGCCGCGCAAAGGAGGGCUUUUCUUGGGAUGGCUGCGAGAUUGACAGCUUCCUUUGCCGAUCAUACGAACCAUGGUUUCCUCAGUGGGGAAAACCAAAGAAGAAGAACAAGAGAAAGGAAGAGAGAAAAAAGAAACACGGACGGAGCCGUUGACUUUCCGUAUGGUAAUAUGAUGGAUGGUCACGCCGUUCACACAGCAACCACGGAUGAUAGUUUACACGACUGGAUGCAGUCUCGGGGGUUCAUUAGGAGACCGAGGUCACACACACACACACACACACACAACAAUCCCUUCUGCGGCCCACUAUGAUGUGAAAGUUUACUAUCACAAUUGUGGUUACGAGGUACCACUGUGUACUAUGCUAUGAAGAGUAAAAUUGGGUACCCUGGUCAGGUUCUGUGGAGCUUUAUUCGCUGCGAGCCCCUGGUAGUUGAAUGGACGGAUACCAUCGAGAGGGUACAACAGCACACAAGACGCAUGGGCCACGAAGGACGCGACUGGGGUGACCUUUUUUUUUUUCAGUACGAAACUAUAGUACAAGCAUAAUGCGAUCCAGUAUGUUGUCGGU